UUUGCUGCAAUCUGAUUGGUCGGUGGACAGAUGUGUUUUUACAGUGGCCACCCUCGACAGCGGCCAUUUUCAUUAUUUUGAUCGACAUUGUUGUCACUUUGGGAACCUUUCAUGGCUCAACUUCAGUUGUAUGACCAAGAAUCAUUAGGGAUUUUCUCGUCGUUUGGCUUUUAUUUCAACUUAUAGUGUUCAAAAAGCUUGGGAGCGGAUUCCUGAGCGUUGUUUGUUCGGUUGGACUUGGUUUGAUGUGAAAGAGGGAAACGUCGUGCGGUGCAUUUGAUUGAUUUGUGUGCGAGGGACUUUGUAAAUGACGACGAAUAUGCCCGUCCAAUCUGUUCAUGUAGAGCCCAUUGUUGAUAAAGAUUCUGUGGAACAGGCAAGUGAAGAGCAAGAAUUUCUCCCUGUAUGUGAUGAUGAUGAUACAGUGCAUUCUGAUGAAGUACCAAGAUUAUCAGACUCUGCCGGUGGAAGUGAUAAAAUGCAUGUUAUAAAUUUUCAUGGUUCCGAUAGCUGUGUGACAGAUAUCAAACGAAGCGUAUCUUGCAUAUCGACAGUAUCAUCAGCAGGUGAAUUUUGCAGGAUUUGUCACUGUGAGCGGACUGAAAGUAACGACCAAACCUUAAUUAGGCCGUGUCUGUGCUCAGGAACUUUGAUGUUUGUUCAUCAAAGUUGCCUUCAAAAGUGGAUCAAAAGUUCUGAUAUAAAGAAAUGUGAGUUGUGCCAGUACAAGUUCGUAAUGGAGGCCAAAGUAAAACCCUUUAGAAAGUGGCAAUCUCUGAAGAUGACCCACAGCGAAAGAAGAAAAAUUUUGUGUUCCGUUUCAUUUCAUGUCAUUGCUAUCACAUGUGUCGUUUGGUCACUUUGGGUUUUAAUCGAACGCACAGCGCAAGAGAUACGCGAAGGAAAUUUGAAUUGGCCGUUUUGGACUAAGCUUGUUGUUGUGGCUAUUGGUUUUACUGGUGGACUUGUUUUUAUGUACGUUCAAUGUAAGGUGUACGUACAAUUGUGGAGACGUUUGAGGGCGUUUAACCGUAUAAUAUUGGUAAAAAAUGUUACUGAAGAACAGGAUGUUACUGAAUAUAUAUAGCAGUAGGCUUGGUGCAUGUAUAUGACAGUUCGUUGUGGUGCAGCGGUAAAGAAAUGAGGGAUAAACGAUGAAGCUCUGAGUAUCAACAUAUACUUGUUAAUCCACAAGUAGCCAUCACAAUAGGGCUGAGAGCCUAUAUAGUUUACAGUAUAGGGAUUACGUAUAGUAAGUCGAUAGUCACUUCAAUCAUUGAUCAACUUUGUUGUUUAUGUCUUAUAAUAUGUCUUCUACAGUCGCGGUUGCCCAACGGUUAAAUGUUGCUAAAAUUUGGUUAAUUCAAAGCUCUAGCUGAGAGAGACCUGCUUAAUAUUUGUUAACUAAAGUUCAGGAAGUUUCAAUUCGUUGUAUUCACUUCCUUACGUUUCAACAUCCUCGUUCUCAGUGUUUACUCGUGUGAAGAGUAAAGAAAGAUAACUAUAUAAAACAGAUGAACAAUUGACCGACCAACUGUGCAUAAUUAUGUAGAAUACCACUCUAAGUGUUACACUAUAUAUAUGUAUAUGUAUUUUUAAGGCUAAGCAUGUGCGCCAUUAUUUAAAAACAGUCUUUACUGUCUUUAGACAAGUGCGUAUAUACAUUAAAAUGCAUAUAGCUACAUGCAUAUAUAUAAAUAUACAUUUACAACUUUUAGCUCGCUUUUACGAGUUACAAGAGCCCAUAUAGUUUUAUAAAAGUAUAUUAUCCGGACUCGUGGAUUAUUAAUAAUUCUAUAUAUUGUUUUAGAAUAACACAACUAUAUUGUGGACAAUCUGUUGAUUUUGAUUGUUUGCUCUAAUGGUAGAUUUUCAUUCAAAUUUCUGUCAGCACCACGAUGUUAUAACUCUCUGUAAGCCGGUUGCACGGUACCAUUUUAUGUGGCCUAUUUUAUUUUAAUUAGCAUAGAAAGAAAAAACAAAAUUCAUUGAACAUGCAAUGCACGAGCGCCUACCUUCCUCGUGAGUUUUGUCAAAACCAUGCAUCACCAGCUGAAACCAAUCGCUAUUCCUCAGUCUGAGAACGUGGUGUGGACUAUCAAUCUGCGCGAAAUUUACUGUGCAUGCAUGUUAAAUGAGAAAUUGGUAUACAGAGGAGUAAUCAUUUGUUUAGAUUGUACCAUUUUUGUUAAAAUAUUGCAUUUGUCUUUUGGCAUUUAUUGCUUGGUACUUUAGCAAGAGCUAGGGAAUCAAUUAAAUUAUUCAAACUCAGUAUCAUAAUCUGGACUAAGCCUUAGGCCUGACGAAAGUUACACUAUAAAUAUGGGAACAAAUUGCUGUUUUAAAAUACAGGAAACAUUCUUACUCGUGAAACAUCAACGAAAUCCAAUUUGUUCGCGAUUACGAUUGAUGAUUUUUGUCUUGUGCAGCUAGGAGCACUGGAGCUAGCGCACUACGCGAUAUAUAUAUAUAUUUUUAAUUAGUGAUCAACGAGAAAGUUUUUUUAAUGAAAAGAGUUUGUAAAUCUUAAGCCUGCUUACCCAGUUCUCAUAUGUCACCGACAGUCGGCGAUGUAUUGUUAGAAAGUAUAUAUCAGGGAGCUCUAUAUAUUAUUAUUAGGGAGUUUCAGCUUCGCGUUGUCUGCAAACAGCAAGGCCGAAAUUUCUUGCCAGAUUUUUUGUUCAACUUCUUCGUUAAAUAUUUUCUUUCUUAUAUGUGAAAACAUUGAUUAUACAUAAAGUCAAAUAUUGUGCAUAUCCUGGCUUUAUAUCUUUAUUACCUUUGAGCCUAAAAUUUGUCUUCGUCUGGCGUUUGCUGUUUCGCCCAUAAUUUAAGCUCUCUAUUUAAGAAAAAAUAAAGAGAUGAAAAAGCACUUCAUUCAUUAUUGACCGCUGACAAUUGCCAUCGCCGACUGUCGGUGAAAGGAGGCCAUGCAGGCUUAAUGAGUUAAAAUUUGAUAUUUGGAUAAUUUCACUGUGUGAAAAUGUUGCUUAUCAAUUUUUCUUAUAAGGAUCCUUUUUCAGUUCAGUUUCUAUCCGUAUCAUACAUACAUAUCUAUAUAUGGUUCUAGUCGGUGGGCUGAGAGACAAUAAGUCAAUAUCAAAACUGAUAUUCUUCGAUAAAAUCGGUCGGCAGAAAAACCGUAUUUGUCUUUGAUCAAGACACCGCACACGAAACAAUUAAAGUAAAUUUUAGUUGUGGGCUUUAGGUCGGCCAAUCAAAACGUGUGCUCCUCAGUCGGGAUGUUCUAACCACUCUAACGAACAAAAAAUGCAGUCUUUAAAAAUGAAUGCACCAAUAUCUUGACUUUAUCAUUUAAUGUUGAAUUAUAUAUUGAAUUAAGCAUUACUUAUAUGGAAGCAAAUUGUAAAUAGACUACUACUGUAGCCAUAUUAUAUAUAUAGUCUUCUUCCAAAUGAAUUAUAGAAUUUAAAAUUACAUAUUCGUAGUAUUAUACGGAGAUCACGCAUGAAAUUGUCUAACCCUCAAGUUACAGUUUCCGCCUCCAUAACGCGGAGGUUAUACAAAGACUGCCUAAACGUUGACAAGUCUGCAAACAUUUCGAGAUCUUUAUAGCAGCUGCUGCAUGAUUUCGGUAAAAGAGAGAAAAAGUAUAUUUUUUCUCCAUUGUUCUGUUUUGUUCUUUUAAUUUGUCACCCGUGACUAUAGCUGAAUAAAGUCUAGAUUGGGACAACUUUUCAACCAUGGAAUGUAAAUAUUUAAAAACCAUUGAACAGAAACACGAAGCAACAAAUCUUGAGAAAAGGCUUACGCAAAAAACAAUGGAGAUGACUUUCUGUGUAGAAUUCUGCCUUUCUGGGAUCUGAAUGUGUAUUUUAACAACUAAUAGACCGUAAAUGGGAAUGUCAGUGAUUUCUCCAUCUUGAACAUUUUACUCAACUAAGCUUCGUGCAAUUUUUAGAGACGUGUCCUUCCAAACAAAACUUUAAAUUAAUCGUCAACAAUAACAGCCUAGAAAAAUUCAAAUUAUAGCUCUUUG